AUGCUCCGCCGCAAACCCACCGCCAUCACCAUCACGUCCGAAGACGUAGCGGCCUUCGAGGAAGCGUACGUCCGUCGACUUGCGUACGCGAAGUACCUCAAGACGGGCGAGGACCCGGACGGACUGUUCCGCAACGGACGACAACCUGAAGCAAGAAAUGCAGAUGAAGAUACACAGAUGAUGAGCGAAGCAGGAGGACCAGGAGGCGUAGCGAUUGAUCCGAACGACGAGCUGAAGCCUCUACCCGGCGACAAGGCUCGGAUUGUACGCAGUCGAGAAGAGAGGAUCAUGGGAGCUGGGACUGCGAGGUGA